AUGUCACCACCACCGGGAUUAGAAGGUUUCUUGAGUCCAGGAGACGAAGUCGAUGUUGUCAACGAGACGAGGAAGAGGGCGCGAGAGCAGUGUGCUCCGCUUGUGAAGGCUUUCGCGGAGUGCUGUGCCGGACGGACAAUCUCCAUGCUGUGGGCAUGUAGCGAUCAGAAGAAGGCGAUGAUGGAUUGUGUACAGAUUCACUCUACUCACGAACGUCUCGACAAAGUCCGCGAUGAGUUUAUUAGGGAGAAAGAGGACAAGGCCGCAGCAGUGAAAAAGCUGCAGCAGUAAGAAAGGCAGGGACUCGAAGACGUCACGAAGGUUCGCGGAAGUGCUCUACAGAACCUCAUUUUAUAAAGCAUCACCACUCCGAUGCGAAAGCUCCAUUCUCUCUAACUGUCCUACUUUGUCACAAUACUGACAACAUCUCCCUCUGCCACCAUAUGCGUCAACCCCACUCUCUGCGGA